AAAGCAAAAUUUUAUGAAAUUGUUUAGCAGAGAGCGUUCAAAUCGACCAGUCUUUUACACGUUCAAUUGUCCCUAUGAAGAGGAAAUUUUAAUCGAGUUCAUAUCUGGAGAGAGGAAAAAAAAUCUGCUGAAUUUGCCUCGAAUCGUCUUUGAUCGUUGAAGAGAAAGCAAGAGAUUUCGUCAAACGGGGCAGUCGUCGUCGGUGGCUAUGGCUCGGACUGGCGGUCGGAGCAGGAAUGGGAACGACUCGGCGGUGGUAGGGUUUCUAAAAGCGGUGUUGAGAUUCUUGAAGAUGGCGGAGUUUGAGAUCCUUUUCAUUCUCUUCUUCGUCGUAGCUUUCAUCCUCUUCAAAGAUCUCACAUCAAGACCAGAGUACAAUCAGAUCCUUGUAAAGAAGCCUGAGGGGUUUGAUAUGUGGCCAUUCCAGAACUCCUAAGCUUGCAUUCAUGUCAUCUGACUUAUUAUACUCACUCAACUUUCUCUAAGUUUGUAUCUUUUUAUAUCGAUGUGUGCAGAAUGAUGUAAAAUGGUGGCUUUUAUUUUGUCAUUUUUGUUGAUGUUUUCGUAAAUGGAAGGAUUUAGUAUAAGAUAUUUGAAGUGAAUAUUCA